UAAUAUUAAAGAUGUUUACACUUCACAAAAAAUCUAAAUGUGUUUUUAUAGCGUGAAAAUAAGUACAACAAUCUUUGAUGUCGUGCUGCGUUGUAGUUGAUAAAUACGGCCUUGAGUAUGCAGCAGCUGUCAUGUAGCUAUUAAUUCAGAAAAUAACCAAAGUGAUGGAAUAAGUAUAACAUUGUUUUCCAAACAAUACUUGAAAUCCUUCAACAUGAGGAACGUGGAGGCUCAUUUAUUAGGAGACAAAAUGGACGAAGCUGUUACGCAUUAUAUCAAUUCACAACCUCCAGAGGCUGUACAUGUGGAUGCUAAUGCCUUGGCUCUGAACAUACAAGACGAUGGUGGAAGCAGAGUCGUCACGCUCAUGCACCCACAUAAUUUUCAGCCUCAAAUGUGCAGGCAGGUGUCAGUGGGAGAGCAGGUCAGCGAUGGGCCGUGGGUGGAAGACAUACUGGACGCCGAGGGGCGCCUGGCGGUUCUCAUGGCCCACCUGGCACAAAAUGCCAGGGCUUCUCACCAUCAGACACAUGCACAUCAGAAGAUAUCCACAGUGCGUAAUGAUGUUGAUGGGAAUGUUAUGUUAGAUUCACCGUAUAAUCAAACUCUGGAACAAAACCCAGAUGCCAUAACAGUGGAAGUGCCAUCGCUGCCAACACUUCCGCCGCUACAGGACAUGAAACGAUGCCCGGAAACAAACUGGUUUGAGAAAGAUAAGACUGACCUCAAAAACAACACUCAAAUGUUACCGGGUCAAGCUGAUGGAAUGUUAGAAAUGUGUGCGGGUGGUUCUCCCGCGCACAACAAACUGCACAGUAAAAAGAGUCUGCCACAUAAAAAACGGAUCUCUAAGAAACUGAAACGAAACAAUGGAGGCAGCACCCCUCAACAGGAACUGGUAGUAAUAAAUUGUGGUGAAGAAGGUCCACACGAGGAAAUAUUACCAGAUACCUUUGCUACGCCUCCUACACAUCAGAUGCGUCCGUUGCUGAUCUGCCAGAUUUGCGGGGAAUUCUACGGGGAGGAGCAGCUCAAGUUCUACCAUCACCUGAAGGAGCACUAUGAACCCCACACCACCAUAAUCAUCGAGAACCCUGUCCCCGAUCUCAAUAUUGAUAAGAUGAACACAUGCAUAGUAGACAAUGUAGCGACGUUGCCAGAUUCAAUUGUAGAGCUGUCACUAGAGAAUACAGUUCCUAAAACUAUAUACCAGGAUAAACAUAUUCUGUACAACGACAAAAGCCUUUAUUCAAAUAAAUACACAAUGAGUCUAGAGAAAGAAAUACAAGAGGCAAACAAAGCGGACAUAUACACCGAAGACUUGGAGAAACUCGGUCUAUAUACGUGUGUAAAAUGCAACAAAUCCUUCAAGAAACAGAGGCAAUGCGAAGCUCACAUUAAGGAGGCACAUUCUAACCAUAACCAGAAGCUGGAGGACAUGGGCGAGUUCAGCGAGACGGAGGACCUGAUGGAGGGCAUCCACGUGGCGGUGGAGGACCCCGACACGUACGACCUGCCGCACCUCGUCGUCGACAACGGCCACGUGCACCAGGAGCAUGUGCGUACCUGGUAUAUGCGAAGCGGGACGCCGACGAUGUGCGAGUGCGGUGGCGUGGGGUACUGCGACGCGUGCACGCAUGGUCACCCGCAGCUGCUGGCGGGAGCGACGCACAUGGAAACGGCGCCCGUGACGUCACAGCCGGCGGUGACGUCACACGGCCCGCAUCUCGACGUGCACGCACCGCCCUCGCGGGAUAUGACGCACGCGCCGAUGCACGCAACUCACCACGAAGCCACACAACACGAGUCAAUUUUGCCGCAUUCGGUCUCGCAGGCUGCAGUCUCGCCGCAUGUGGUGAUGUCGAAUGCUGUUACGCAUGCAGUGUCGUCGCAUUCGACGAUGCCGUCCAAUGUGUCGCAUAAUCCUAUUACGACGCUGGCGCCGUCCCUAGUUACCAAUCAAAGGGUGAUUCUUAAAGAGGAGGUGCUCCAGGGAAUAUUCGAAAGCGAGGUGCAAAACCAGGAGGUGAGAAUGAUCACGGACAGCAGCAUCAUCGAAUCCGACAUCACGAAACAGACGGAAUCGAGAGUUAAGUCUGCGCGAAGGGACACGAAGUUGAAGUGUAACUUGACCGAAAAUAGGGUAAAAUCGACCCCUAAUGGUACCAACUCAACUGCGAAUGUAGCUAACUCAACUGUGAACGGGUCUAACACAACUGCGAAUGAUGCCAACUCAACUGGGAAUGAGUUCAACUCAACUGCGAACGAGCUCAACUCAACUGCGAACGAGCUCAACUCAACUGCGAACGAGCUCAACUCAACAGAGAAUGGCGCUAGCUCAAAUGAGAAUGGGGAAAAGAAGCCUAAGAAAUACGAGUGCGCGUAUUGCUCGCGUGUGUUCGACCACCGCAACAGUCUCUUGUACCACGUGCAUAUGCACAACGGCCGGCAACAAGUAUGCAGGGACUGCGGCAAAAGCUUCUACACUGCCAAUGCUCUGAAGAUACACAAGCGAGUGCACAGCGACUACCGGCCGUGCAAGUGCGAGGAGUGCGGCAAGGAGUUCAAGCAGUGGAGCGAUCUCAAGUACCACAAGGCCUCCAUACAUUCCAAUCAGAAAAACUACAAGUGCGAUUUCUGCGGCAAGGAGUUCGCGCGGCGGUACUCGCUCAACAUCCACCGGCGGAUACACACGGGCGAGCGCAACUACAAGUGCGACUACUGCGCCAUGACCUUCCGCGCUUCCUCCUACCGCCUCAGCCACAUGCGCACGCACACAGGGCACAAACCCCAUCAGUGUCCUCACUGUGACAAGAGAUUCGGCGUCGCGUUCGACCUGAGAAGGCACAUGAAGGUACACGAUAAACAGAGACUCAACGAACCUAAAAGCAAAUCAAAAACUAUAGCGAAAGAUACCAGGACCACAGAAAAAGUAAAUAUGGAGGACGCCAAAACUGAUAAGAAAUCUUUUGAAGAGAGUGAUCCCAAAAACACCAGACUGCCUGUACUUAAGAGCCUUCUAGAUAAGCCAACGAAGAGCACCAAGAAACCACCAAAGAAAGCCCCCAAUGUGACAGUACAGGGCAAGGGGCAAUUCAAGCUCGAACAAAACGACUUGAACAUUAAAGAGGAGUAUUUUAAGGAUGUUUACGAGUAUAAAGAUGAUACUCCCAAAAAAUCUAAUUAUGCCGAAGAAAAGUCUAGGGAUAAGAACUUUACAACGUUGCGGCCUCUGUUCAAGAAUCAAAUAAGUGAAGUGGAAAUCGACAGGCCGGACUUUAGUAGGGAGACUACGGACGGGAAGUUACAAAUUUAUACCCAAGUGGAAAGAAAGGAGUUCACGGGACCUAUUAUAUCUAAUGCAGUGUCGUUGUGUGAUUUUAAAAACUUAGAACGUGAAGUGACUAGAGAUAGGGGUGACUUGCAUUCGGAAGCUGUGGAGAGUGGUUUCUUCGACCGGCUCACAUCCUUUUACAAUAUACCCGCAGUAUGAAGAGUGCAUAGGAGUUAUUGUUAGUGAAAUUUUAUUAGUGAACUUACACAAAAGUGGGUGUUGAUAUUUAAUCUGUGAUGGGAAUAUGCACAAUAGUAAUUCAGCUUUAUUUUAGGUCAGUCUGGACCAAUGAUCAAAGAUGUUGUGUUUUGCUAGUCAGCUGUCAGUCGGAGGUACGAACAGUAAAUAUUAUUUCAUUCCUGACAUGUUACUACCAGUAGCAAAAAACUUGUUGAGUCAUCAGGGCACGUCGACGAAAAAUAUAAUACACAGUAUAAAUGUAUACAGUUAAACAUUUUGCAGCUGCCCCGAAUUGGUUGUGAAAUAAAAAUCAAUUAAUGUAAUAGUAAGUUACUACAACUCAACACCGAAACAAAAAGUACUUUAAUAAUAAUUGUGUUAUAGAACAAAUUAAAGGUUAAGUUUACCAAUUCUUAAAAAAUAUAUUAAUAAGAAAUGAUUUUAAAAUUCGCAUAAUAUUUUUUGUCUAUGAUAGUAAAUUUCGAUCACGUUAAAUGUUUCACAGAUUGACCCACUCCUAAAAUUGCCUGUUUCGUUACUUGUGAGAACGUAACUACGCUCUGCUGUUACCUUGCCGCAGCAGUGACGUUGAGCGCGACCACAGAAUUAAAUCAAGAUAGAACGGCGACGGGCGUGCCUUGCUAAGGA